ACAAAGAUAUUAGACUGUGUCAAACCUUAAAUCAAGAAAAUGUUAGAUCAGACCAUAUAGCAGUUUUUUUGGACAUAGAUGACUACUGUAAUCAGAGACCUGUGGAAAAAGAAAUCUUUUGUAUCAAAGAAAUGGACAUCCUCAAAUGGCAGGCAAGCACUAAAGCGAGUUUUUCCUCAUGGAAAUCUGAAAAUUUUCAAAAUUUAAACACUGAAGAUAUAUACUCAUGUUUUCUAGAAAUUUUUCAUAAUUGUAUGGCUGAAGCUGUACCCAAAAAAAUUGUGAAAUAUAGCAACAGGAGAGUGCACCAACCCUGGAUCAACGAAGAAGUCAAAAUUAUAAAAACAGAGCUAAAUAAAUUAAAAAAAGUUUUCAAGCAAAGACAAACUCCCAGAAAUUUAAUAAAAUUGAAAGAAUGUGAGCAAAAAUAUGAAGAGGAAAUUGAAAAAGCUAAAGAUGAAUGGGCUGAUAUGCUGUGUGAAAACAUAAAUAUGUGUAAUACUCCAAAAGAGAAAUGGAAGUACUUUAAGAGUUUAACAUCCUAUCAAGUAGAAGAUGUAGAUACUAUACUCCCCCUUGUUAACAGUAAUGGUGAUGUGAUUUUUGAAAGAAAAGAAAAGGCAAAACUGCUAGAAGAGACCUUUUUCAGUGAUAAACAUCUACAAAAUGUCACUUUUGAUGAAGAUUUCAAGAAACAUAUUGAAGAAGAAUUGUUUAACAUCAGACAAAGUAAACAUCAUGAUACAGAAGAAGAUGAAAGUCAAAGUUUCCUUAAUAGAUCUAUUACAAUUCAAGAGGUAGAGGCAGCUAUCCAGCAUUUAAAGAAAAAUAAAGCACCUGGACCAGAUAAAAUAUACACAGAGCUACUUUUAUACUCAAAUAACCACCUUCUUGAAGCCAUCACAUAUAUUUUUCAACACUCCUGGGAUACCAGUAUUCUUCCACAGGCCUGGAAAACAGCAACAGUGAAAUUCUUAAAGAAACAUGGAAAAGAGUCCUAUUAUAAGUCAGGAUCCUACAGACCUAUAAGCUUGACAAGUGUCCUUGGUAAAUGUAUGGAGAAAAUAGUAUAUGCCAGAUUAUAUGCAUACUCAGAACACAAGAACAUCAUAGACGAAGAACAAGAAGGUUUUAGGAAAUAUCACAGCACUACACAAGCCCUGUUAAGACUGGUGCAGAGUAUCUUUGAUGGAUUUAAUGAAAAAAAGCACACACUAGCAGUAUUCCUAGAUUUGGAGAAGGCCUUUGACAGUGUAUGGAGGGAUGGUAUGCUUGUUAAGCUACAAAGAUUGGGAAUAAGUGGGAAAAUGUGGCAAUGGUUGUCCAACUUCUUAACUGGAAGAUCAGCAAGAUGUGUAGUAGCAUGUGAAAUGGGAGAUACCUUCCAAACUUCUGUUGGAUUACCACAAGGCUCAGUGCUCUCCCCUCUUUUGUUCAACCUCUACCUAACUGAUAUAUUCCAAAACAUAAAAAGCAAUAGUAUCAAAUUUGCAGAUGAUGGGACUAUUUGGAUGUCUGGAAAUGAUAUACAUGAUCUAGAAAAAAUAAUCAAUACAGACCUAGUAACAAUUAACACAUGGACAGAGAAAUGGAGAAUGAAAUUAAAUUUGGAUAAAACUGAAUAUACCAUCUUUAAUAGGAAAAAAGAAAACUUAGGUCAAAUAGAGAUCUGCUUAAACAAGAAAGCAUUGCAACAGAAAGAUAAAUCAAAAAUUUUAGGUGUUAUUUUAGAUUCUGAAUUGUCAUUCAAAGAACAUAUAGAAUACACUGAAAGAAGAGGCACUAAAGCAUUGGCUUCCUUGAUGUCAGUAGCCAAAACAGAGAAGAUCAGUGUUAAAAAUAUGAUAAAUCUUUAUACAAGCUUGGUUCUACCUCAAUUGGAGUAUGCAGUCCCUAUUUGGCAGAUUGCCAACUGUCAGCCCCUGGACAAGAUACAAAGGAAAGGUUUAGCUUACUGCCUUGGAUUGCACAACACAGCCAGUAAAGAUGCAGUUGAAGUAUUGGCUGGAGUUCUUCCACUUGAUUUGAGGCGAGAAGAACUGAGUGUUCGAGAAUGCGGGAAAAUAAUGGCAAAAGAUAUUAGGCAAAACAUAGCAAAAAGUUUAAAAAGCUGUCAAGAUAGAUACGGAAAAGUCAGAGAAAAAUUCCAAUCUCCAUUCUUUUGCAUGCUCACACAGAUAGAGGACAUGAAAUCAUUAACCACCAUUUCACUGAACAGUAUUGAACCAGAGUUUUCAUACCUUGAAUAUCUGCAACCAUCUAGAACCAGACCAGAUUACUGGAACAAUCUAGGAUCUUCCAAAUCAAGAACUCUAAAACAAGAAGAAGAUGCAAGACAACACAUCUCAUCACUUCUAUCUGAUGUAGAUACCAAAACAGCUGUAGCAUUUACUGAUGGUUCCUGUAGAGGAAAUCCAGGUCCAUGUGGUGCUGGAGCCUGCAUUCUUCUUCCAAACACAGAAGUUAUAGAACUGAAACAACCAGUAUCAAAAUUAUCAUCAAUUCUAGUAGGAGAACUGGUUGCCAUUAAAAUAACACUUCAAGCCCUACUUACUGAGAUUGGAAGAUUUGAAAUAAAAAAGAUAAAAAUACUUAGUGAUAGUCAGUCAGCUGUUGGAAUUAUUGAUCUUGGAUGGGAAAAUAAGACACACAAAUUCCUGUCAACAGAGAUACUCCAGUUGAGGAAAGAGCUUGAAUUAGCUGAUGUUACUGUUUAUUUUGAUUGGACUCCUGGUCAUGCUGGCAUAAAAGGGAAUGAUAUUGCUGACAGACUUGCAAAAGAAGCAGCAAAAGAAGCUGAGGAAAUGGCAACAGAAGAUUUACUCAUUGUAACAAGUCAAAGUGACAUUCGCCAUUCAGCGAGAGAAUCAGUCCGCAUUAAAUGGCAGAGAAGGUGGGAAAUUGUUGAAACUGGCAGGCAUCUCUAUGGACUCAAGCCUCAAGUCCAACCCAAAAAAAUUAAUUUCCAUGGCUUGAGCAACCAAAGACAGUUAUUGCAACUACAAAGUGGAUAUUGUCUCAAUGAUUAUUUGAACAAGAUUGGGGCUAAAAACACAAGUCUAUGUAAUUGUGGACAAGUGGAGACAGUUACACAUUUUAUAGAGGACUGUACCCUGUACGAGACAUCAAGAGAAAACCUGAAGAAAGAAAUAUUCCUAAAGACUGGAAUUAGUGUAUUUACAACAGAACUGUUGCUGUCAGACAUACAAGAAGACCAAUUCAAAGACCACAGACAAGAGUUGUCAAACAUUGCAAAUGAAUUUGUCAAAUCAUCCAAAAGAUUUUAAUUUUUUUUUUUUUUUUUUUUUUUUUUUUUUUUUAU